AUGCAGGCGUGGAAGUUCGCGAGCGUGUUGGCGCUCUUGGCGCUGAGCCACCAGGUUGCAGCCAAGGACAAGGAGGACAAGGAGCGCCCGGGUAUGUGCGAGGAGACCGAGGACUGCACUGCCGACGGCUACCAGUGCGUGGCUCUGCAGACCACGCGCUCGGACACUGAGACGGUCAAGCAGUGCCUGCCCAAGGAGCAGGACACGGACGUGUGCUCCGGCCAGUACCCCGGUCUGUGCCCGACCUUCUCAUCCUGGGUGAGCCCGUACAACCAGAUCAGCAGCGUCUGCACGUACAAGCCCGCGGAGAAGUGCGUGACCGGCACCAGCAGCAAGUCGUCGUCGGGCGACGGCGUUAUCUGUGUGGCCGGCGCCGAGGACGCCAACGGCAAGUCGAUCGACGUCAUCUACGGCUGCGUGGACUUCGACACGAGCGCGCUCGAGGUGCUGUUCGGCGAGAAGGACGCCACGGAGCUCGCGGACGAGCUGGGCACGGCUUCGUCCCUCAUUGAGAACUGCCUGAGCACCAACGCCACCAGCAACUCGACGCUGCUGUGCAGCGGCCAGGGCACGUGUGUGCCCGACCAGAUCGGCUCUCUCUCGUACAUGUGCCGCUGCAACGUCGGCUACAGCGGCGACUUCUGCGACAACAUUGACUCGAACAAGUGCCAGCUGCCGGGCCAGUGCGCCACGGGCGUGUGCAACCUCGAGACUCAGGAGUGCGAGUGCGCGGCCGGCACCACGGGCGACCAGUGCUCGGAGUGCGACGCCACGUCGGACAAGGCUUGCAACGGCAAGGGCACGUGCUCCAACAAGGCGUGCGAGUGCGAGGACGGCUGGGAGGGUCUGCAGUGCACGAAGGAGAGUGCCAAGAAGAAGACCAAGUCGUCCUCGAGCAAGGCCUCGUCGUCGGAAGGCACGUCGGCCGCCACCACCAGCGGCGCCAUGCCCCAGGCUCCCCUGAGCUUCGCCGCCAUGGCCAUCGCCACCAUCCUCGCCGCUGCGAUCUUCAACUAG